ACCAAUGCCUUCUUAUUCUUCGUCGCCAUCCUUCUCAAAAUCAAGAUCAAAAUCAAAAUCAAAACCCCAGUUCACAUAUGAUGUCUUCAUCAGUUUUAGGGGAGAAGACACUCGGAGGAAUUUCGUUUCCCAUCUCUAUUCUGCCCUCAAAGACACUGGAGUCAACGCUUUUCUGGACGAUGAGAAGCUUGAUAAGGGAGAAGAGCUGACAUCUGAACUGUUGCAUGCAAUAGAAGGAUCUCAGAUAACCAUCAUUGUUUUCUCCCAUAACUACAUUCACUCUACAUGGUGUCUUGAUGAACUCCUCAAAAUCAUGGAAUGCCAUGCUUUUAGAGGACAAGUGGUUAUGCCAGUGUUUUAUGAUAUUGGCCCCUCAUUUUUACGUGACACCCAACAUAUUUCUUUCGAAGUCAUUUCUGACCAACAGAACAAGAUAAAACAAUGGAAGAAAGCCCUGACACAAGCAGCAAAUUUAUCAGGUUGGGAUUUGAAACAUUACAGAAAUGAAAAUAAUCUUAUGAAGGAAAUUGUUUGUAAGGUUUUGAAAAGACUGGAUAGAACAUACUUGUCUAUCACAAACUUUCCAGUUGGACUAGAAUGUCGUCUGCAGCAUGCUAUUGACUUUAUUAGAAAUAAAAAAAUAGGAACCUGUAUAUUAGGGAUUUGGGGAAUGGGAGGGAUUGGCAAAACAACCAUAGCCAAAUCCAUUUACAAUGAAAUUCGUCAUGAAUUCAAAUAUAGAAGUUUUCUUGCAAAUAUUAGAGAAGUUUGGGGAGGAGAUCGGGGCCCAAUUGAUUUGCAAGAACAGCUUCUUUCAGAUAUCCUUAAAACAACAAAGACGAACGUGCAUAGCAUUGAUUGGGGAAAAGGAAAGAUCAAAGAAAUGCUUUGCACAAAAAAGGUACUUGUUGUUCUUGAUGAUGUGAACAUCUUUGAACAAUUAAAUGCAUUAUGUGGAAAUCGUAAUGAAAUCAGUCGAGGAAGUGUAAUAAUCAUUACCACCAGAAACGUACGUCUACUCAAAGAGAUUGGAGUUGACUAUGUGCACGGAGUCGAGAAAAUGAAUAAAAUUGAGUCCCUUGAGCUUUUUAGUUGGCAUGCUUUUAGGAGAGCAAAUCCAACUAGGGACUUUUUUGAAGUCUCAAAGGAAGUAAUCACAUACUGCGGAGGCCUACCACUAGCUCUUGAAGUUCUUGGAUCUUACUUAUACAAGAGAAGCAAAGAAGAGUGGCAAAGUGUGUUAUCAAAACUAAAAGAAAUACCAAAUGAUAAAAUACAAGAGAAAUUGAAAAUAAGCUAUGAUGGUUUAUCAGAUCAUAUGGAGAAGGACAUAUUCCUUGACAUAUGCUGCUUCUUUAUUGGUAAGGACAGAGGCUAUGUCACAGAGAUACUAAAUGGUUGUGGGCUUCAUGCUGAUAUUGGAAUACCAGUACUAGUAGAAAGGAGCCUAAUCAAAGUUGAGAAGAAUAACAAGCUCGGAAUUCAUGAUUUACUACGUGAUAUGGGAAGAGAAAUUGUUCGUCAAAGUUCACCGCUACGACAAAAGCGCAGUAGAUUAUGGGUUCAUGAUCACGUACUUGAUAUAUUGACAGAACAUACCGGAACAGAAGCCAUUGAGGGAUUAGCUUUGAAAUUGCAUAGACAUGGAAGAGUUCACUUCAGUGCCGAAACAUUUGAGAACAUGAAAAGACUGAGAAUUUUGCAAUUUGAUCAUGUCCAACUUGCUGGAGAUUAUGGGCAUAUUUCCAAACAAUUGACAUGGGUCUAUUGGCGAGGAUUUUCAUUAAAAUACAUACCUGACAACUUUUAUCAGGGAAAAGUAGUUGCUAUUGACAUGAAACACAGUAAUCUUAAGCUAGUAUGGAAGGAGCCCCAACGACAGAUACUGCAAAGUCUAAAGUUCAUCAAUCUUAGUCAUUCCAAGUUCUUAACAAAGACCCCUGACUUUUCAAAACUACCAAAUCUUGAGAGAGUCAUUCUAAAAGAUUGUCCAAACUUGUCUGAGCUGCACCAUUCCAUUGGAGAUCUGCCUAAUCUUCUUAUUUUAAAUUUGAAGGACUGUAAAUGCCUUCGGAAUCUCCCAGUGAUAAAAUCGAAGUCUUUAAGAGUACUCAUCCUUUCUGGUUGUUCAAAGAUCGACAAGUUAGAAGAAGAAAUAGUGCAGAUGGAAUCGUUAACAACUCUAAGGGCAGAGAAUACUAGCCUAACACAAGUGCCAUUUUCUAUAAUAAGAUUAAAAAAGAUUGGGUUUAUAUCACUUUGUGGAUAUGAAGGAUUAGCAAGUGUUUUGUUUCCUUCUAUCAUAUGGUCUUGGAUGUCACCAACAACAGGUCGUGUAUCCUCUAUGCAAUCAUUUGGAAGCAUGUCAACAUCUUUAGUCUCUGUACAUCUACAGGAUAAUAAUUUGGUUAACCUACUAUCAAAGCUUAGUGAGUUUUCAAAACUUCGAAGCAUUUGCGUGCAAUGUAACUCAGAUCUUCAACUAACUCAAGAAUUAAGAAGAAUAGUGGAUGACUUCUGCAAAUUACAUUCUGCGAUGGAAACAACCUAUGCACCACAAAUUUCAGAAAAUUCUAUGGUAUCUCGUUUAAUUGGAUUUGGAAGUCACUACCAAGUCAUGGAUAUGCUUAGCAAUGAUAUGACAGAGGUCCUGAAAACCCAUAGUUCCAGUGAUUUUCUCCUUCCAGGAGACAAGUAUCCUUAUUGGUUAACCUAUACAGGGGAAGAUUAUUCAAUACCUUUUCAAGUGCCUGAUGAUAGUGAUUGCCCAAUGAAGGGGAUGAUUUUGUGUGUUGUUUGUUCAUCAACCCCCGAUAACAUGGCAACUGAAAGUCUUGCUAGUGUAUUCAUCUUUAAUUACACAAAGAACACCAUUCAGAUAUACAAGCAAACAGCAACAAUGUCUUUUAGUGAUGAAGAUUGGGUAGGCAUAAUAUCAAAUCUAGGACCUGGUGACAAUGUCGACAUUUUCGUAAGUUUUGAGCAUGGAAUGACAAUAAAGAAAGCAGGUGUCUAUCUAAUAUUUAGUCAGUCAAUUGAAACACAAAGUGCAUCACCUGAACAGAGCACACAUCCAUCAGGAGAAGGGAGUGCGCAAUCAUCUCCUGAAGUACAAAUAGAACCAUCUCAUAAUAUCCAAAUGGAGCUACCAAAGAAGCCAAAGAAAAAAAAGAAAAAAAUAACUUCAAAAAGUGCAAAGAAAAUGAAAGCAUGUUUAUGCUUCAAGUAGAACUUUUUUUUAUUGCACAUUAAACAGUCAUCAUGUGGGAUUUAAGUGUUUCCAGUCGAGUGUAUUAAUAAAAUAUUCUUUUCAAGAAAAAAACAUUGUUUUGUAUGUACAUAAUUUAAAUUAUAUAUAUAUAUAUAUAUGAAAAUAAAUCAAAUUACACUAUAUAACUUUUAUUUACAUCGGUUAAUCUAUUAAAUCAUCUUUUCUAAAUUCAUAACUAGUUUGAAAGUUCUCUUUACAAAUUAUAUAUGCACAAUUUUAUAUUAAUAUAAAGUUAUCUGAUAUCUUAAAUAAAUCAAAUCGAAAUCAGUGUAGUCUAAUGU